CAGAGAUGAUAGUGGAGGAAUAAUAGUGUGCUUAUAAGUUAUAACACUUACUAGUAGUAAAUAAGUAUUCGAAUUUGAAUGUACUAUAUGGGAGACUUAGUUGAAGUACCACAUGCUAUAGUUACUUAUCAAAACGGUGUUAUGUCAACUAAUAUUGCAGUCUAUAGAGCACCAUCAUAUAAAAUGAUAAAUAGCUGCACCAUUGUUUUUAAGGCGUCCUGCCUAGGUGAUAAGGUGCCCUGGCAGCGCCUUGCAAAUAUGCCUGCCUUAGGCGCUUAGAGCGGGUGGUGCUCGCCUUAGGUGGCCUUACUGCCUUAGAAACAAUGAGCUGGACUCUAGUGCAUCUUCACUCUUCUCUUUAUCAGGAUGCCAAAUAUGAUUUCAGCUUGUUUUUUGUUGGUGGGAGUGCAGAUAGUGUUGCUAUGUGUCCUUAGUGCUCCUUCUGCUGCCUUUUUGUUUUGUUUUGUUUUCGAAGCUAUGCUCCUUGUGCUGCCUGGAAUGUACUUAUGCGUAUUGAUUUCCCGGCGGCUGUGCUCGUGGCCGGCCAUCGAAGGUGAUUUAGCUGGGCUGUGCUGGACUUGGAAUGCUGCUGCCUGCUGCAUUAGUGCAGGUUGCUGAUCCACCCGAUGAUGUUUUGGCGUUGCAGUGAUAGCUGACAUGUCUCAGUUGUUCCUUUGUUGAGGUCGAAAUAAUCAGAGAGCAAGCCACACACUUAACUUGAGGGCCCACUUGGCGAUUGAGGGCAGCGAAACCACACAUGGAUCGGCGAUAUCUUCAGCUCUCCUGACAGCUACACAGCGGCGGCAGAGGCCCUGAGAGCUCUUGGCAUCCACCAGGACUAAGGCUUCAGAGAACUACUGGCAGUGACAUUUGCUUUCCGAUGUGUUGGCGGCAGAUUCUGGGGAAGAAACACCAACGGGGACCAAGUUCUAGCGACAUGGACCUAACAGAAACAGAUGAUUAAGUCUAGUGUGUAGUACUAUGUUGAUUAUUUCUGGUUGGUCGCUGGCAGCUGAGUAAAUGGUACGUACACUAUGCUGGCCGUCCCUUGUCGGUUCGAAAUGGAAAAGCGAACAACUUUUUACCGUGAUCUGGUACAGAAGUGUCCAAUGAGCUUUCGGCAGCAUUCAUUUCGGAUCUACCCAACCUAUGCUGGAGUAGUUUUUAUUAACCCAUUCUGUCGCCUUGUUCAUCCAGCAUUCCACUCACUUCCACUGCCGCUGCGUGUUCACUCCCUUGGCUUGCCCACUACAUUCUCCACCGAAAAGAAGAGCACAUCGAGCAGGAAGAUGGAUGCCCAGGGCGCGAUCGACUCGUUCCUGGGCCGCCUCACCACCGUCCUUGUCAGCGAGGCGCAGCUGCUGGGCGGCCUCCGCGGCGACGUCGAGUUCAUCAGCGACGAGAUGGAAAGCAUGAACGGCCUGCUCAUGCACCUUGCCGAGUCCCACAACUGCGACAACCAGGUCCGGGCGUGGAUGAAGCAAGUGGCUGGCCUCAGCCGCGACUGCGAGGGCAACGUCGAGCUGUACAUCCAGUACGUCGGAGGUGCUGGUCCCGGCGCCAGAAAGGGCGUCCUGGGCUCCUUGCUUCGGAUGCUUCGCUUUGUGCGGACCAUGUCCGCCCGCCACCGUAUCGCGACGCGGAUCCGGGAGCUCAAGGUCCGGGCCCGUGACGUUGGCGACAGGCGGGAGAGGUAUGGCGUCACUGUCCCGCCGGCACCAUCUCGCACCAUCCCCGAUGCUCCGGCUCUGCAGCCGGGCGGACCUGAGGAGGAGGAGGAUCUGCGAAGACGUGAGUUGCUCUGUGGUGAACCACCGGACACUAGAGAGGAGGACAUCAACAAGGUCAUUGAGUGUCUCCCCCAAGAGAACUUGAUCUGUAUUGAAGGAGAGGGUAGCGUGGGGAAGACAGAUAUCGCACGGAAGGUGUUCAAUCACCCUUCCGUGGUGACAAAUAUCCGCCACAGGGUUUGGGUCAACAAUGGAGGGCUGAACAGAGAAUAUCACGAGGUACGUAAGGAGAAACUAGAACAACUACAACACAAGAUGAAGAGCUUGAGGGAAAUUGGCAAGCACUCAAGAAUUUCUGAGUAUAUGUCAGAUGGAAACGUUCUAAUCGUUCUUGAUGGUGUCAAUGACCAACCAAAGGACUACAGUUCCCUAAGUUGUUCUGAACUCGAAGCAUUUACAUACAAUGCAGUACCUCUGAGUGUUCAUCUUUCCGCUGGAUUAUACAGUGACUUUCGUCGGAGAGAUGUUUAUGUAAUAAUGACCGGAAAUCACUUUUAUAAUGACCACAUACGCACAGGAUAUUAUGCUAAAAAGUUCCGGUGUGAAACUCGUCCGAAUUUUUUCAGAAACAGAGCAUUGGGCCUUGCCAAGUGUGAAGGUGCUGUAUUGGCAGUUUUAACCAAGUGCUACCACAGCACCCUUGCAGCGCACCUGUUCCUUUGUCUACUGUAUGUCAAUCCUCGCAGGGCUACGGCGGAACUGGAAACCUUAUGCCGUGUCCUAGAGGAGAGCAGAAACAAUACUGAUAAGACGAUACUUAUGGUCUGCUACAACGAGCUCCCUGGUCAUCACAAGAGCUGCUUGAUGUACCUAUCAAUCUUUCCUCAAGGACACAUAAUCAUGAAAGCUGAUCUGCUGAGGAGAUGGGUCUCUGAAGGACUGAUAACCAAAAGAAGCGUUGGGACGAGCACGCUGCAUGAUCAGGCCGAGCGCAUCUCCGACUCACUGGUCACUCGAGGCUUUAUAUGUCCUGGAGAAAUCAGCUCUGCAGGCAAGAUUAAGAGCUUUACAUUGAAUUCCAUUGUUCAUGAUUUCAUCGUUACAGAUGUAGGCUUCGUGGAUACAUCAUCACGGCCUGAGCUAGCUCACCGCUUCUCCAUCAACAGUGGGGUAGCAAUACAGGAAGAAUCUCUUUCUGAGUCUGAUUCCGAUCCAUCCGGCCAUGGCAUCUUAACUACAAUUGAGUCUCUGGCCGAAUCUGGUCAAUGGCAGUUUCUGAAGGUGCUGGAUCUUCGAGGCUGCAAAGGGUUGAAGAAGAAGCAUCUAAACAGUAUUUGCAAGAUACUGCUGCUCAAGUAUUUGAGCCUCAGGAAUACAGAUGUCGCUGAACUGCCGAAGGACAUUGAGAAGUUGCAGUGCCUGCAGACAUUGGAUAUCCGGCAGACGGCGGUAUGGGUACUUGCCACAAAAUCUGUUGUGCUUCCAAUGCUAAAGCAUCUGCUUGCUGGGAAGAGAGACUCUCCGACUCGAAGCAACGACUCUGAUACUGAUAGGUUCGAAGAGUCGUUUGCGGUGGUGCGCCUUCCCAGGAGCAUCCGAAGAAUGGAAAAACUUGAGGUGCUCUCCCAUGUUGAAGUUGCCCAUAGUGACGAUCUGACUGACGUCGGCAAGCUGCUACGUCUCAGAAAGCUUGGGGUGAUUCUCCAGGGUAAGAAAGAAGAACUGGAACUUCUGUUCCAGCAGGUUGAAAAAUUGUAUGGUUGCCUCCGCUCCCUGUCAAUCCAGAUGGACCAGCAGACGAAAAGCCAGAGUGGUAAGAUCGGCCUCACCUUGGAUUGCUCAGACAAGGGGCCUCCCAUUGAUUCCCACUAGAGAAACUACAGCAGCACAUGUUGUUUGAAACAAGUUAACGCGAGACAAUCUGCACAAAAGGAACAGGGUGGCACAGCACAGCUCGAGCUGAGCUCUGAGUGUGAAACUGUUUUCUGGGUGUCCAAUGCCGCUGGCCACGGCGUCAACGGCGGAGAUGGACCGAGUUUGAGUUUCCGACGGCACGGCCGCGACGGCGCCGGCGGCUGAAGCAGAGAAUAGGAGGACUCGUGGCUUCAGCGGUUGACCGGCCUAUGCUGAGUUCUUUUUCUUUUAUGUUUUUUUUAGCGGUUGACCGGCUGUUCCCGGGCCGCAUUAACGAGAAGGCUUUCGUCGAGGUGAGAAAUGGGAGCGAUGUCCAGAAGCCCAGCUCAGGCCAGAAAAAUAUAAAU